AGCACCCGCGCACAGAGCUCGGGCUGACCCUGCUGCCAGAUCGCGAGGCACGUGGAGAGCGGUGGGUCCGGUGCAGAUGUGCUCCGGGCCUUUGAGCCUAGGCGGACCUGGGAAGAAACUCGAGCCUGAGACCCUGUCACCCUAGCGGGAGCAAUCACGUGAUUCAGGGUCUGGGACAUGGCCAGAAAGGCCCUCAGGCUUGCUUCGUGGACCAGCGUGGCCCUUGCUGCAUCCGGUGUCUACCUCUACAGUAACAACUACUUGGACCCUAAUGACUUUGGCGCUGUCAGGGUGGGCAGAGCUGUUGCUACGACAGCUGUCAUCAGCUAUGACUACCUCACCUCCCUGAGGAGUGUCCCCUAUGGCUCAGAGGAGUAUUUGCAGCGCCGAUCCCAGGUCCAUCUCCGCUCUGCCAGGCGUCUCUGUGAGCUCUGCUGUGCCAACCGGGGCACCUUCAUCAAGGUGGGCCAGCACCUGGGGGCGCUGGACUACCUGCUGCCGGAAGAGUACACCAGCACGCUGAAGGUGCUGCACAGUCAGGCCCCACAGAGCAGCAUGCAAGAGGUCCGGCAGGUCAUCCGAGAAGACCUGGGCAAGGAGAUCCAUGAUUUGUUUCUGAGCUUCGACGAUACCCCUCUAGGGGCAGCCUCCCUGGCCCAGGUCCACAAGGCGGUGUUGCAUGAUGGUCGGACGGUGGCAGUUAAGGUCCAGCACCCGAAGGUUCAGGCUCAAAGCUCUAAGGACAUUCUCCUGAUGGAGGUGCUCGUCCUGGCUGUGAAGCAACUUUUCCCAGAUUUCGAAUUCAUGUGGCUGGUGGACGAAGCCAAGAAGAACCUGCCUCUCGAGUUGGACUUCCUAAAUGAAGGGAGGAAUGCUGAGAAAGUGGCCCACAUGCUCAGACACUUUGACUUCCUAAAGGUCCCCCAGAUCCACUGGGAGCUGUCUACCAAGAGGGUGCUCCUGAUGGAAUUUGUGGAGGGAGGUCAGGUCAACGACAGGGCCUACAUGGAGAAGAACCAGAUCGAUGUGAAUGAGAUCUCCUGCCACCUGGGCAAGAUGUACAGUGAGAUGAUCUUUGUCAAUGGCUUCGUGCACUGUGACCCGCACCCAGGCAAUGUGUUGGUGCGGAAGCGUCCUGACACGGGCAAGGCUGAGAUUGUCCUCUUGGACCAUGGGCUUUACCAGGUGCUCACGGAGGAAUUCCGCCUGGACUACUGCCAUCUGUGGCAGUCUCUGAUCUGGACCGACAUGGACAGGGUGAAACAGUACAGCCAGCGCCUGGGAGCUGCAGACCUCUACCCACUGUUUGCCUGUAUGCUAACAGCCCGCUCCUGGGACUCAGUCAAACGGGGCAUUGGGCAAGCUCCAGUCUCGGCUACUGAGGACUCAGAGAUCCGCAAUAAUGCAGCCUGCUACCUGCCUGAGAUCAGCCAGCUCCUGAACCAUGUGCCUCGCCAGAUGCUGCUCAUUCUGAAGACCAAUGAUCUACUCCGCAGCAUCGAGACCACCCUGGGCACGCGCUCCAGCGCCAGCUCCUUCCUCAACAUGUCUCGGUGCUGCAUCAGGGCGCUGGCUGAGCACAGGAAGAGGGAUGCCGGCUCAUUCUUCAGAAGGACUCAGAUAUCGUUCAGUGAGGCCUUUAGCCUGUGGCAGAUCAACCUUCAUGAACUUCUGCUUCGAGUGAAGGCCUUGAGGCUAGCUUGCUGGGUCUCAGCUCUCCUGGGCUGGCUGACUCGGGCUCCCCACUGAAUGUGACUGUCUUUCCCUGCCCCUUCCUAGUGUCUUUCCACACCUCACUCUUUCCUUCAUGCUGGGACUCUCCAGUGACCCAUGUCUGCCUGGAGUCGGCCUGUGGUCCCAGAGUGGUCAUCCAUGGCGCCAUCAACCUCUGCCAUUGGAGCCCCUGCCUUGUGGUGGCCUUGUCUUGGGGUCCUGGAAUGUACUGGAGAGUGAGUGCUUUCCUCUAGGGAGGGGAUAAAGCAACCUCUCUCCCGUCUCCUGCAUGUAUGUGCCAUUGACUUGGUCAUCCCUGUUUUUAUGAGGAUUGUGAGAAAGAACCAACCACAUGUGUCACAGGGGCAUGUUUAACUUGUAGGGAAUAAGUAGGGUCUCAGAACUUGCUGAAAACAGACUUUAUAUUUUUGCCAUAUCACUCCCAAAGGUGUCCCACCUCAGCGAGGAAGGCUGCAUCUGAGAGGGAACGAUGCAGCCGUGUGUGUGUGUCAUGGUGACACUUUCAGUGUUAUAUGUAUUGUUUAUUGUAAUAAACCCUUUCAAGGUGGCAGGGACUGUCCCUUCUGAA